GUCGACGCGAUCAAACAUAUAGCACGCACGAGUCGCCUCCUCUCUCUGGCACACCAUGUUCUCCCCUCUCCGUCUACAGGCGACGAGGCUCGCAACCCUCUUCGGAGCAGGCAUCCUCUUGCUAACCCUCUCCAUCCUCUACGGCUCCUUCAUAUCCCCUUCCACUGACUCCCUCGACUCAGAAUCCGACUCCUACUACGGGUACUACGGCCCGGCGCUUUCCGCAGCCUCGAGAUUCUUCCACGGCUCCUCAUCGGACGAUCCGAGCCGCGUAACGCUCUUCACCUGGGGAGGGGGGAACAAAGCCUACGCCCUGGAGCCACUGGAGGAAUAUGCCGAGCUUGCUUCCUAUCCCGUCGGAGCGCGGCCCUGGAUCCCGAACGCGGUCGAGGGAGGCACACCAGAAGAGUGGACUCUCUCGCGUGAGGAGAAGGAGCGACUUACACAUGCUAAUGCGGAACACCAGGCAGCGGAUAGCCAGGAAUGGGGCUGGGAAUUUCCCGCUCCUCAGGUGGAUGUCUUCGACCUGGAUAAGACGAAAUGGGAACCUCCGACCAUCGAGUUUGCGCUUGUAAUAAUGGGAGAGAGUGCAGCGGUUGAAGCCGUGACGAUGAUUAAGGGGAUCCUUAUGCAUAUAUCUACCCCUGUUCACUUGCACAUCGUCUGCGACGAAGCUGCAAUGUACUACAUAGAUGACCGCCUCACACUCGUCCAUCGCCCAGCAUACGAUAUCCACGUAUCCUACAACCUUCUCUCCUCGUCCCAGAUCUGGGCUCGCGGUGCCCGUGCCGGGAUCGGGAGUACCUACCAUGCCGGUGCAGGUGGUCUGGCUAAGGUGUUUCUCCACGAGAUCCUGACCGAGACGAAACGCGCGAUCUUUAUCGAUAUCGAUACGCUCUUUACGGUCGACCCGCUUCUCCUUUGGAAGGAAUUCGACAAGUUCAAGCCUGGGCAGGUGUUUGCCCUUCCUACCCUUGGACCAGGGAGUGACGAGCUCACCGUAUGCUCUUGCUCACUCCUGCUGGAUCUGGAAGCGAUGCGCGAUCGAUUCCAGUGGGUGGCAUCUGACCUGCGUCCUCAGGCGAGCAGGACAGACGUCGCCUACUCCUCGCUCAUGUCCGCCGGGCUCGAUCCACACAACCCACCCUUCGGUGACCAAGGCGUGUACUACGCCAUUUGGCGUGCGCGCCCCGAGCUAGCGGGCCACCUCGGCUUGAGCUGGGACGUCAGCCAUUGUAGGAACCAUUGGGGUUUUGCACUGGACGAUGGGGAUGAUGAGAUGACUGAGGAGGAGCAGGUACGUAGGAGGGGGGAGAGGAUGUGGGAUGUUGAGAGGAGGAUGGCGGACGCGCCUGAGAGAUGGCCGAUCUUCCCCGGUAUCCUGCAUUUUAACUGCAUCGACAACGCGGCCAACUCGUUCACUUACUCCGACAUCGUCGACUUCCCCACCUGGGGCCCAGUAGUCCAAGUAGCAACACAAUACAAAUGGACAUGGCUCAACCGCGGCGACGGCAGCGCAAAGGUCGAUCGGGUCAUGUACGAAGACGUGAGGUUUGCGGACGAGAGAUGGCCCGAGGGGGAGAGAGAGGGCGGUUGGACCCAGCCUGAGCCAGUGGAUUUGCGCCUGGAGGAGGGACUGGCUUUCCCUGAUCCUGGACAAGAGAUCGGUUAUGAGAAGACGGGGACGCUCUCCGGUGGCAUUACACUUCCUGAUUGGGACGGUGAAGCAGUUCCUCCUGUUCCGGCCGAAUGGGCAACCCCACCACUGGCAUACGAUCUGCAGUCGGAAGAGGCGACUCCGACGUACGACAAGCUACCUGUGUACGAUGACUCCCCAGAAUACGACCUGCAGCCGGAAUAUGAAGCCAGUCCGACAAUUGGGGAUCUCCCGGGGUAUGACGACUCUGUCGAACACGAGACCUUCGUACCCGGGGAAGAAUCCAUCGAUCAACCUGACGAUAUUGCCCCGGUGUCGGAGUACGACCCACCCACAAACCUCGAGCAGGCCGAUUCCGCACCUCUCGUAGCAUACCCCCACCUCGACCCUAUAAUCUCCAAACCUGAGGAACAACCGGUCCAGGAGGUACCUCCUGAGCUGCAACGCGGUUCCUGGGUGCUAGGGCCCUAUCAUGAGUGGAUAUGGGUUGAGGAGCCGUCUCGUGGUCCCCUGCCUACUGAAGAAGAGCUGGAAGAACCCGAGCUGCCGUCAGAGCACGGGAUUGGGUUCGCACCUGCAGCCGUGCCGCCUGUCGAGGAAGAGCAUGCUCCGUUUGUGCCUGUUCUUCCUCGACCACUGGAAGAGGAGGCGGCAUUAGAAGACGACGAAGGCGAGAGACUGAAGCAGGCCAUCGCUGAUGCUUUAGCGGCGUAUGCUAAACAUGCCGCGGGUGCUUCUCUUGCCCCUGUAACCCUCCCUGUACCAGCACCACGGCCUGAAGCUCCUUAUCCACCUGCUUACGGUGCUCCUCCAUCUCUGAAAGAAGCUGAUUUCUCCCUUUCCCCCGUCUCUGAAGAGUUCCAGCCCAUGUUGGAGGAUGUAGCUGACCAACCUACGGAUAUCCCAAUACCGGCCGAAGAACCUCUCGAUGAAUUCCCAGCAGAGGAACCGGAACCCGUGGGCGAGUGGGUCGAGGACGCCGAAGGGGAGUGGACUUGGGUCCCUCUCGAGCCAGUGGCUGCGAAAUAA